AGGGCAAAGGGGAAACCGAGGCUGGGACGGCACCGUGGUCCCCGUGGUCCGCAUGCGUGGGGAGCACGCGGCUGGGCCUGUUACCGCAGGGAGGGAGGGUCAGCCCCGCCCUCACCCUGCCGGGCUAGACAAGUUUAAACCAGCCAGGAUAGGGAGGUCGCGCAGCGUCUAGCACUCGCCCAGCAGGUUCCCUGCCCGCGCUGCAAAGCGUUUUCCACAAUUAGGAAACGUGUGCACCAGCCGCGAAAGUAUGGAAAGCAUCCAUUACUGGUCAGUGGGGUCUGCUACUGCAAACGCUGUGAUACCAGCUGGAGAGAGAGAGGAGAGCGAGAGAGAAAGUGAAAAAAAGAGAAAGAGAGAGCGAGCGGGAAAGGAAGGGAGUGGAGUGGAGAAGAGAGAGUUAGAGCGGAGGGAGAAGAGAGCGAGCGCAGAAAGAGCAAGAGCUCAGUGGUUAAGGGCGUUUGUUGGAAAGGACUGGAGUUCAGGCCCAGCAAGCCUAUGCGGUGGCUCACAAGUCCAGUUCCACGGGAACGGACCCAAUGCCCUCCCGUAAGUGCAUGCACCACCCACUAGUAGAAAGCAGGUUGCUGGCGGUGCACAUAUACAAUGAGUACAUCUUUGGUUUUGUUUUCUUCGAGUCGGAGUUCCUCUAUGUAGUCCUGGCUGCCCUGGAACUCACUCUGUAUUUCAGGCUGGCCUCAAAAUUGGAGAUUCGAGCGCCUCUGCCUCCCAAGAAUUGGGAUAAAAGGCUUGCACCACCAAGGCACCAGCCAUAAAUAACAAGAAAGACAGAUGUACUUUCUAUACACCAGCCUUGUGAAGUUUGUAAGGUUUAAUAGUUUAAAAGGACAUGUUGGGGGGUGUAGCUCAGUGAUAGCGCUCUUGCUUAGCACACUUAAAGCCUCAAGUUUGACCCACUGGAUCACUAAAUAAUUCAAAAGACUACUUUCUAGCCAGACCUGGUAGCACACACAUAACCCUCACUCUUUGGGGGCUGAAGGAAGAGCACUUCAGGUUCAAGUGCCAUCUUGAACAAAGAGACACCCUGCCUCCAAAAGGUGUCUCCAAGCAAAGCAUACGUGAACGGAUUUGGGACUAUAUGGAAUCCCAUGACAUAGCUGACUUCCCCCGACCUGUUCAUCACAGGAUCCCCAACUUCAAGGGGUCCUACCUGGCUGGCCAGAGCAUCAGAGACCUGGAAGUCUUUGCUGGGACACAGGAAGUGAAAGUGGACCCUGAUAAGCCCCUGGAAGGUGUCCGCUUACUGGCACUGCAGAGCAAAAAAACACUGCUGGUCCCAACACCACGACUGAGAACAGGGCUGUUUAACAAGAUCAUACCACCGCCUGGAGCCACCAAAGACACGCUGAGGAAAUGUGCCACUUCCCAGGGUGUGCGGAACUUCAGUGUCCCAGUGGGCUUGGAUUCCAACGUCCUCGUGGAUUUGGUUGUGGUGGGAUGUGUUGCUGUGUCUGAGAAAGGCUGGCGAAUUGGAAAGGGAGAAGGCUACGCUGAUCUUGAAUAUGCCAUGAUGGUGUCAAUGGGAGCUGUCCACGAGGGGACGCCGGUUGUCACGAUUGUCCACGAUUGCCAGGUUGUUGACAUCCCUGAGGCUCUUCUGGAGGACCACGACCUCACAGUUGACUACAUCCUCACUCCCACCAGGGUCAUCACUACAGGCUGUGCACGCCCAAAGCCAACAGGCAUCAUCUGGUCCAAGGUCAGCUGUGAGAUGCUUACAAAAAUCCCAGUGCUCAGGAGCCUCCGUGAGCGAGAGAAACGGGCGGGGAAGGAUGUCACUCUUCAGGACGAGCCUGGCAGCCAGCAGCCAGCUCUAAGCACUGUCAGGAAACCCCAGGAUAGACCACAAACAGGUUUCCGAGGAGAGUCCCAUAGUCCCCUGCAGGGGAUGGACACCCAACUAGCUGCCACUGUGUGCGUGGGAAACCUGCCCUAUAAUAUGCGUGUGCGUGAGCUGAAGAGAGCCCUCCAGGAGCUGGGGGCAAUGCCUCUGAGGCUUACCUGGCAGGGGCCGCAGCACAGGGCAAUUCUAUACUAUACAGACUCAGCCACUGCCCAGCAGGCUGCCUCUCUCCUACAGGGCCUACAUCUGGGUGCCAACGCCUUGAGGGUGUCCCUGGGGUGGCAGAGGGAUACGUGAGCUGGUGAGCAGCCCCCAGCAGAAGAGUCAUCCUUUCUGCCGCUGGGAUGUGUCUGCCAUGUGACAAUUUGCCAUCGGUGAUGACCUGCUGCUGUGUGAGGCGCCUGCGCUGUUCUUCCUGGGAAGAGGUCAUGCUUCCCUAAUGGGUAGGGAUGAGAGCAAGCAGCACAUCACGACGCCCAGGGUGCUCAAGCUCCAGCCCGUUCCAGUUCUGGUUCUUGUGAAAUCCACGUGAUGUUCUCUGGGUGCAGAAGGUUCAGGGACAGCAGCCCGGACAAGAGGUAGACAGUGGAGACCUGCUUCAGGGUCUUCAAGGAGGAGAGCAGAGGCCUAAAGAAAUGAGGCCAUUGCAGGGAUCCAGCCGAGUGUCCUUGGCGACCCCCCAGCCCAGCAGAGCAGGCGUUGGGAGGGCGGGGCCUCUGCAAACCUCAAGCGAAACCCUGCAUUGUGCACAUGCGUGAUGGCGUCUACCCAGGCUGCUUAGGGCCACGCCAUCCCUCAGGUGGGGAUGUGAGGAGCAUGACGGCUGCCUGUGCUCUCCCAGAAGCACGUGUGCCAUUGAUCCUAAGGAAAAACAUAAGCACAUAGGUGGAGGGUUUAUUCUGUUCAAAUAUGCACGCCUGGCAAGUUUCUCAUUUGUUUGUUUGUUUGUUUGUUUACCAAUGGGUCUUCCACAGUGUCUGUCAGCAUUGUCCUUUGACCAGGAAGGGUAGGCCUCACUUAUAUUAAAGGAUAAGAACUUGUAACAUA